AUGUUCUUGCAGAUGCUCCAGCUGCUCAUUGUGUCCUACAUUGCAAGCCAUGGAGAAGGGAGAGAGGUGGAAACUAGAGGAAGAUCCAAAUAUCACUCUAUAAUUCAUCAAUACCACCUAAGAAAUGAGAAGGACAGCCCUCCAAGUUUAGUGGGACCUAACAGAUCUGUAGGAAAGAAUGAAGCAUCAGGUAUAAGCAGAAAUAAUCCAGAGAAAAACAGAGUUCCUAAAUCAAGACCUCAACUGGAAAACAAAAGUGGAGAAAAAGAUUAUCAGGGUAUGAAUUUGCCGAGGAUGGUGGACUACAGUGGAAGUAGCAGUGAAAGAAAGGUAAAAGAUUCUGAAAAGGAGUAUGCCCAAGCAUCAUGGAACCAUUUUAUCUAUAAAAUGAACUCAGCCUCGGAAGCCAUACAUGGUCAGGUUAAGCCUCAAGAAAUACCAAAAGCAGUCUGCAAAACCCUGCCAUUCACCCAGAAUAUUGAACAUGAGAACUGUGACAAAGUGACCAUACAGAACAAUCUGUGCUUCGGAAAAUGUAACUCUCUUUAUGUACCGAACCAGAUACAUCAGCUCAACAUAUACUCCCAUUGUCUUCCCUUCAAAUUUACAAUGAACCACCUGAAAAUGAACUGCACAGGAUCCAGUAAUGUGGUUAAAGUUAUAAUGAUGGUGGAGGAGUGCAAGUGUGUGGUUCUCAGCCACAACCACCAUGUAGUGAACAACGUCAAGAACAACAUCUAUGGACAUCACUGAAGACAUGGGCUGGGGGCAGCUUGCUAGAACUGACUGUUUUUGACCAAUCAGAUUUCCAGUAUCUGUCAAAAUGAUUUCCUAACAUGUUGGGAAAUCAUUUUGUAAGGCAACUGUUGAGAAAGAAGUUCUCAUUUCCUGCAGUUGGCUGUGGGCAGUGGACAUAUAAAGAUACUGACUGAUAUUCAAGAUGCAAAUGGUGAGAAAUGUGUCAUUUUUCUUUUGUUUGUUAAGAGUACUGAGAAGACACUGAAUGUCCCUUAUGUCUAAAUUAUUCAGCUUUGAUAUCUAUGUGUAAUAAGGUGACAUCUUUGGACCCUACCCGAU